GUGAUUAAUGUUUAAAAUUGAGUUUAUCGAAUAUUGCUCACCCUGCACUCAAGUAGAACAGUAUGCUAUGGCAGAAGGUAAUGGUGAAGUUCCAGACGAAUCAAUGAUCAAGAUCAUCAAGAUUGAGGAAUCAGAAAAGACAGCAGACUAUCAAAAAUUAAUAGAAUAUGGCCUUGAUGAAAAGGUGGCUUCGAAGCUCGACGAAAUCUACAAGACCGGCAAGUUAGCCCAUGUAGACCUGGAUGAGCGCGCCCUUGAUGCUUUAAAGGAAUUCCCUGUUGAUGGCGCGCUUAACGUGUUGGGUCAGUUUCUCGAUUCCAAUCUCGAGCACGUCUCCAACAAAUCGGCCUAUUUAUGUGGUGUUAUGAAGACAUAUAGGCAAAAGAGCAGAGCAGGCUCAAGUCAAGGAUCUACAGCAGCCGCUCCUGUUCCCGCAAAGGGUCCAGAUGAGGACAAAAUCAAACAAAUUCUAGAUAGGACUGGAUAUACCUUAGAUGUUACAACGGGACAAAGAAAAUAUGGAGGUCCACCGCCUGGAUGGGAUGGAAACACACCUGGAUCCGGCUGUGAAGUAUUCUGUGGCAAAAUUCCCAAGGACUUAUACGAAGACGAGUUGAUUCCUUUAUUUGAACAAUGUGGCACGAUAUGGGAUCUCCGACUGAUGAUGGACCCCAUGACUGGAACCAAUCGAGGAUAUGCUUUUGUAACAUUUACUACUCGCGACGCCGCCCAUGUUGCGGUACAGAAGUUGGACAAUUACGAAAUCAAACCCGGCAAGACCUUGAAAAUUAACAUAAGCGUACCCAAUCUAAGGCUUUUCGUCGGCAACAUACCAAAAUCUAAAGGCAAAGAGGAGAUUCUGGAGGAGUUUGGUAAAUUGACAGCUGGUCUCAUUGAAGUGAUAAUCUACAGUUCUCCUGACGAUAAAAAGAAAAACCGAGGGUUUUGCUUCCUAGAAUACGAAUCACAUAAGGCCGCGUCACUGGCCAAACGACGACUUGGAACUGGCAGAAUAAAGGUUUGGGGAUGCGACAUCAUUGUGGACUGGGCUGAUCCACAGGAGGAACCAGAUGAACAGACAAUGUCGAAGGUGAAAGUGCUCUACGUAAGGAAUUUAACUCAAGACAUCACCGAGGAAAAGCUGAAAGAUUCAUUCGAAGCAUUUGGCAAAGUCGAAAGAGUAAAGAAAAUUAAGGACUAUGCUUUCAUUCAUUUUGAGGACAGGGAUAACGCAAUUAAGGCAAUGGACGAAUUAGACGGAAGAGAAAUGGGAGGUUCAAAUAUAGAAGUGUCAUUAGCUAAACCUCCGUCCGAUAAAAAGAAAAAGGAAGAAAUAUUGAGGGCUCGCGAAAGGCGCAUGAUGCAAAUGAUGCAAGUUAGAGGAGGUGUGCAGGAUCGGAUGAUGCCGGGGGCUAUGCCUCUUCGUGGACCCCCCGGGUCUGGUGGACCCCGUACAGGGCCUGGAAUGAGAGGCCCCAUGGGUCGCGGUGAUUACGAUUACGAUUAUGACUAUUACGGUUAUGCGGAUUACCGAGGCGGAUACAGCGAUCCUUAUUACGAUGACUAUUACCGAUACGAAGAUUAUUCAUAUUACGAUUACCAGCAGCCCGCGUCAACAACAUCAGCGACUGCUGCGUCGCAAGGGCGUGGUCGCGGCACCCAAGGCCGACCGCCCGCUCAGCCGGAAAUGGAAGACAUUUGUUGCCGGGCAGACGGAUAUUUUCUUGAACGAAACACUACUCAGGUUGGCCGUGGGCGUGGGGCGGUGGCACGUGGCCGGGGAGCCGGUGGGCCACCGGGCCGUGGGGCGGCACAGGGGGCACCCCGUGGGGUGGCGCGCCCGGCCGCUCGUGGAGUGGCCCGAGGCAAGGGGGCAAGUUUACAAGCAGGUAAACGGAAGUUUGAUGGGGGUCACCAAAAUCAAGGGGAGACAAAGCGACGCUUCCAGAGCGGCGGUGGGCAAGGGGGUUGGGGCGGCCAGCCUUUGGCACAACAGCCCCUAAACGGCGAUCAAUGGUACCAAGACUCGUACGGAGCAUGGAGCUAAACGGUGCACGGCGCGUGCAUGUGGCUGUUGAGUGAGAGCAAGUAUGAAUGCGAGUGGCUGGGCGCCGUUCAGCUACAGAUUGGGCGAAUAUUAUUGGCACGAGAAGGCAAGAUAUUUGUUCGGUCAGUUCAGUCACAGGAAACACUUCAGAUAUUUUGAAUCAACAGUUUACCAAAACUGUAUCCAAAUAUGUCUCUCUCUCGAUCAGUCGACAUCAAAUUUUAUAGGGAUAAUUUUAAAAACACACUAAUUGAUUAUUUUUGAAAUGUUUUUCCAAAUGCCAUGUCGACUAUGUUGUUGCUAAUUACUAGUUUUUAUUCAAUUUACAAUCAAAAUGUUAACUCAAGACUUCACAGCGUGUCAAAUGUUCGCCCAUACCGUUUUAUGUCUCCGAUACCAGGCCAAGUCGCGGUGUCCCCAAACUGCUAUUACUAAUAACAAUUGUAUUAAUUUCUUGCGAAAAUUGCCUUAUCUGCAUUUCGAAUUGUGUUUUCAGAAAUUUGUUAUUUUGCGGUUCUAAAUUUGUUAUAUACUAUGGUUAAUUACGUACUAUUAAAUUGUAUGAGUUGAUUUAUGUUUUCUUUUGUGUAUUUAAGCGCUCUCAUGGGCAUAGCGUUAUGGUCCAAGUUGUUCUUGGCACUUGUUUUUAUUACUUGAUUUGCCAUAUUCGAACUCCAUCAAGAAAUUCAAUGCCACUACUCAGUGUGCUUCAAUAUGUUCAAAAAUAUUUAUAAUUUGUCUCGUAAAUUAAACAUUGCUGUGUAAGAGAAUCGAAUAGACACUGUUAAUUUAUGCAUAGUAUAUUUACAUUUUGUAUUUACUCAAUUUCAUUUCAAUAUCAUGAUAAAAAAUUAUCAUUUUAUUAUCAUAACAAUUAGAGUAAUCAUUGCGAAAUUUGUGUAAUUAUUUAGAAACUGAUUUAAAUAUCUACAUAAUUUAACAGUGAACGGCUCUAACAAAUUAUUUAAAUUAUAGUGGGUUGAAGACACUGUAUUUUCAAGAUAGUACGAGUGUUUUUUUUAUUGUGUAUGAUAUAAUUUUAUAUAUUUUAUCUUGGUGAUGCAUUUUUGCAUUGUGAUGAUCGUAUUUUAGCAGUAAUUCUAAGAUGUCCUGACAUGUACUUCUGUUUCUCCCCACAUUUCAACCACAAAAUCCGCAAAUAUUUCGGAUACCCCCUUCCGUAAAUGCUUAGAUAAAUCCAGACGUGGCCCGGAAUUUCAGAUAGAACAGCUAAAACCUUCAGUAAUUGCAAUUCUAGUAUAUUUUAAUCAUGUUUACUUUGGUUUGUAUUGUCCGUAUAUUAUUGCUUUUAUUACUUUUCGCCUGAUAUUCACAGACACCUGUGUUAGCGGUAAACUUUCAUAUUUAAUUCUAAUUAAUAAUUUUUUGUUUUAGUGUGACGUAGCUAAUAUUUACUAUUUUUGCCUGAUACAGGAUAUGACAUAGUUACACUUUUUUUGCAAUUUACUACAAUCACAAAACCAUACCACUGUGAGAAAGACAUGGGCGAUCGUAUCGUGUGCUGCCCUGUAUGUGUAGUUUCUUGGUAAUAUUAGUCAGAUUCAACGGUGCACUGCAUUGUUAUUCAACUUGUAUCAAUAAUUUUAACAAGAUGACUGAUGGUUUAAUAUGUCUCAAUAAACAGUUGUAUGUGUAUUACAAUUUCAA